CGUUCUAUAAAGACUUAUAACAAGUGUCUAAUCCAUUUAAACAAAAAUGUGCGGUAUAUUCUGCAGUAUUUCUACCACAAAUCAAGAACAAAAUCAAAAACACGAAACACUUUCUGAUCUUUUAUCAAACAGAGGACCUGAUUCACACAAUAAAAUAAUACACAAUUGUUUAAAAAUUAACAAAAAAGCACUUUUUUCCGGUCACGUUCUGUGGCAGCAAGGUGACAGUUUGACAAGUCAGCCUGUGCAAACUUCACGCGGGAUUUUAUUGUUCAAUGGCGACGUUUUUGGAGGGAAAUUCAAAAGUGUACAAAAUGGGAAAAGUGAUACUGAAGUGAUAAAGGAUUAUUUAGAUUGUUAUGGGGAUGUGGUGGAUGUUUUUAGUUGUAUAGAAGGUCCUUUUAGUUUUAUUUAUUUUGAUAAAGAUAGAGAUGAGUUGUAUUUUGGGAGGGAUCGGACCGGGAGACACAGUUUGCUUUGUGUUAGUGGAGAUGAUGAAUUUGUGGUAACAAGUGUUUCAAGUUGUUUUUUGUCCCAUACUGUAGAAGUCCCUGCAGUCGGUAUAUUCUGCUUAAACCUUGCACAAUACAAUUUACAACUCAAUCCAUGGACCAAUAUCGACACACCUGAAACACAAACUUUAUUACAAAAUUUUGAAACAGUACUUGGAUAUAAAAUAAACAUACUAAAACCCAUCAAACCAAAAAACAACCAUUCAUUUAACAUUCCUGAUUUCAAUUUCGAAACACAUAUAACCGGUUCUGUAAAUUCUACAAAUUUAUUUAAUGAUUUAUUGCAUGUAGAAAAUAUAAAUGAGACUGUACAUUUACUUUUAAACUUAUUACAACAAUCAGUGCGUGUAAGAGUACAAACGACUCCCCAAAGAUGUAAAAAUUGUAUUAAAAUUGUAGAACACAAUUGUAAACACAGUCGUCUCGGUGUCUUGUUUUCUGGAGGCUUAGAUUGUACAAUUUUAGCUUUAUUAGCUGAUAAGUAUGUAGAAAAGGAUGUUCCGAUAGAUUUGUUAAAUGUUGCUUUUGAAAAAGUUAAGAAAAAUAAUAUAGUUGAUGAUAAAAGCAUUUGGAAUGUUCCUGAUCGGGUGACUGGUUUGGAAAGUUUUGAAGAACUUAAACGACUGUGUCCUGAAAGACAAUGGAAUUUUGUAAAAAUCAACAUAAAUCGCGCUGAAUUAAAAUCAGAAUUACAAAACAGAAUAUGUCAUCUAGUAUAUCCUUUACAAAGUGUUCUCGAUGAAAGUCUUGGAGCAGCCUUAUGGUUUGCAUCAAGGGGGCGAGGAAAACUGAAAGAUACUGAUGAAAUAUAUGAAUCACCUUGCAGAGUAUUACUAAUGGGUAUGGGAGCUGAUGAAUUAUUUGGUGGUUAUUCAAAACACAGAAAUGCUUUCAAACGAGAAAGUUGGCCCGGUUUAAUGAAGAUUUUAGAACAAGAUUUGGAAAGAAUACCUUAUCGUAAUCUUGGACGAGAUAAUAGAGUUAUUUCUGAUAAUGGUGUCGAAGGUAGAACGCCUUAUUUGGAUGAAAAUGUUUUAGCAUUUACUAGCAAAUUGCAAGCUUAUCAAAGGUGCUAUUUAAAUCUACCUGUAGGCAUCGGCGACAAAUUACUACUACGUCUCCUUGCCCAUUCCUUAGGACUAUUUUCUGCCUCCAAAUUUCCCAAAAGAGCCCUACAAUUUGGCUCUAGAAUAGCAGACAGUAAACAAUGUGGAAACGAUGUAUCUGAAUAUUUAAUCUGCCCAAGUAGAACAAAUGAUAAAACAGAAGAACCUUCAGAAGAAACCGCAAAAACUGAUGAAACUGAUAAAUCCGAAUCAAGUAAUCAACCUGAAGAGGAACAAAAAGCAGUCGUUGAAAAUUCAGCAGAAGAAAAAUCAACAGACGAUGCUGCUGCUGAUAAAAAAGAACCAGAAGAGACAAAAUGGAAGUUGUCGAACAAGACGGACAAAGAAAUGUUAACACAAUGA